ACCCAUCUCUCUUUUCUCUCUCUCUCUUUUCUCUCUGCCCUAAGGGAAGAGAAGAAGAAGAAGAAGAAGAAGAAGCGGAAGCAGAAGCUGAAUAAAGGUGGACUAUUUUUCUUCAAUAAUAAGCAAAAACCUAAUCUUUAUCGAAUUCAGGAGUUGGGUUUCUCGGAAACAUGUCGCACAUGGUGUUCCAGAGCGCCGUCGCUCCCAAGCCCUUAUCUCCUCUCAAACCCUGUCUCCCGAUUCCCCGACCACUUCCGUCUUCUCUGCCCUAUAAGCUCCGCCGCGGCGUCGUUAGGGCUUCAUAUUCGUCGUCGUCUCCUCCAGUCGACGCCACCGGCGAUUCCAUUUCAGCUCUCGAGCAAUGCUUCAUGUUGCCUUCGAGCGGUGGUGAAUUAGGGCCUUCGUCAUCUGGUUCGUGUUCUGCAGUUCCCACAGGGGCUCAGGUGGGACCUGUGAUGAAAGGGAAGUUCGGUUCUUUUGGAGCGGUGACUCUUGAGAAGGGGAAGCUCGAUUUGACCCAGAAGAAAGCCGAAUCCAGCCCUGAGCUUGAAGUUGGAGGUGGUGGUGGAGAUAUUGGAAAGAAAAUCAACCAUGGUGGUGGUGAUGGGGGUGACGACGAUGGUGAUGAUGAUGACUACUUUGAUGAAUUUGAUGAUGAUGAUGAUGGAGAUGAAGGUGGACUCUUUAGGCGCCGCCAGUUUCUCGCCGAGCUUUUCGAUAGGAAAUUUGUGGAUGCUGUAUUGAACGAGUGGCAGAAAACGAUGAUGGAUUUGCCUGCUGGCUUUCGCCAAGCUUAUGAAAUGGGACUGGUUAGCUCAGCUCAAAUGGUGAAAUUCCUUGCCAUAAAUGCUCGUCCAACCACUACAAGAUUCAUUUCCCGUGCAUUUCCACAGGAGUUGUCUAGGGCCUUUGUUGGAAGGAUGCUGGCAGAUCCUGCAUUUCUUUACAGGCUUCUACUGGAACAGGUCACAACAGUUGGUUGCUCUGUUUGGUGGGAGUUGAAAACCCGCAAGAACAGGAUAAAGGACGAAUGGGAUCUGGCACUUAUAAAUGUUCUUACGGUAUCAGUAUGCAAUGCAGCUGUUGUUUGGUUGUUGGCUCCAUGCCGUUCCUAUGGAAAUACAUUUCGGUUUGAUUUGCAAAACACAUUGCAAAAGCUACCAAACAAUAUGUUUGAAAUGAGUUAUCCACUCCGAGAAUUUGACUUGCAAAAGAGAAUCCACUCUCUUUUCUACAAGGCUGCAGAGUUGUCCAUUCUUGGACUCACAGCAGGAGCUCUUCAAGGUUCCAUGUCAAAUUUUUUGGCCAGCAAGAAAAAGGACAGAGUAUCUGUGUCAGUCCCAUCUGUUAGCACAAAUGCACUCGGUUAUGGUGCAUUUCUUGGAAUUUAUGCCAACUUGAGAUAUCAACUACUAUGCGGAUUUGAUAGAGCAAUGACCAAUCGCUUUGAUGUUAUUGGAGUAGCUCUCCUUUUCAGCACAGCCUUGAGGAUAUUGAAUGUUCAGUUGGGAGAAAGCUCGAGAUUAGCAUGGCUCGGAGUGGAGCCAGACCCGCUAGUUCAGUCAGAUGAUCUGCUGACAAAGGCAUACAACCGGCCCUCAGAGGACUUACCAGCCUCCAAGUCAUCUUCCAAAUGGUUCAUCUCGAAGAAUGCGAUAGUUUCAGGGCUUGGCCUUCUGGGCAUGAAGCAAGAGGACUCUGCAGGUGAAGCCCCACCUCCAAAGGCUCGGCGAAAAAGAAUUGUACGGAAGAAGGUACCUGCAGCCUCAUAAAGAAAAACUGGGAUUCAUCAUAUGAUCAAAAUCACAAAACUAUUUUCAGUGCCAACUAGAAGAGCAAAGUCUGGUUGUUUGUUGUUCCUUGAAGCUAAUAUACUUGCAAGAAGUUUUGCUGCCGGAGGAGAUUCACCAAAAUGGACACAUUAUAAACUAUCAGCCCUUUUAAUGCCGAGACCUCAGCUCCCAAAUUCUCUUAGGAAAAACUUGUCAUGUUUUUAGUUCUGGUGAUGCAAAUCUUUGAUCAAAUCUCAAACUGUCACCCUCUUCUUUUCCUUUUUGUUGUUUCUAAAUUCUGACAAUUAGUCAAAUAAUCUUAUUUGUUUCUUCAAAAUCUAA